AGACAUCACAAGGAUUGAAAAAGAAAUGGCGUCGAAUAUCAUAAAACCAGCGUAUGCUUACACGGUUGUGUACGUUAGGGACGUCGCGAAAUCCGUAGAAUUCUACUCGAGAGCCUUUGGUUACAACGUUCGUCGUCUUGACGAGUCUCACAGGUGGGGGGAGCUAGAGAGCGGGCAAACAACGAUAGCAUUCACACCGCUUCACCAGCAUGAGACCGAUGACCUAACCGGUAAAGUUCAGUCCUCUACGCGUUCAGACCGUGAGAGAGCACCCCUCGAAGUCUGCUUCUGUUACCAUGAUGUUGACGCGGCCUUCAAGAGGGCUGUGGAGAAUGGUGCGGUGGCAGUGAGCGAGCCGGAGGACAAGGAAUGGGGCCAAAAGGUUGGAUACGUUCGAGACAUUGAUGGCAUCGUUGUACGCAUCGGAAGCCACGUUAAGUGAACACCAUAAAAAUACUAGAUCACGGAACAUGAUCAUUAACAAUUUUAUGCAUAAAAAAUAAUACAAGAUACUAGCUACGGUAUUCAGCUUCUUCUUUUUUUGUGGGUUAUGGAUACUCCAUCUAAUAUCAACAGUUGAAGAUAAAAAGGCUUUACAAUGUACUCUGGUGUCUACACCUACCAGUCUCAUUUUGGUACUUUUA